AUGUUGAAGGCCUCCAAAGAAUCAAGAGUAGCUUUGCAGCGCGUGCUGCAUCUCGGUCAGGCUUCAGGAAAGCCUGGGGAAAUUUACUACCCUCUCCAGCUCAGAAGGGCUGACAAGCCUGUCCCUGGAGAACAUGAGGUCCUCGUCCAGCUCAAAGCAGCUGCGUUGAACCAUCGCGAUCUCUUCGGUGUUUCUGAUAGCCCCUUACUCGGAGAAAACGUCCUCCUGACUCCGAUGCGAGGCUGGAUUGCCGACCCAAGUGGCCCAGAGGACCCUAAAAAAUGGUCCAUCACCGGAUCCACCCGUCUCUAUGACGUUGGCACAGCCCAAGACUUUGUUUGCGUUCACAAGGAUGAGGUUGUUCCGGCCCCGAAACACCUAUCCCCUACAGAGGGCGCAGCUCUACCACUGGUAGGACUUACAGCAUGGCGUGCACUCGUCACCAAAGCUGCUGUCCAGCCAGGCCAGAAUAUUCUGGUUACAGGUAUCGGAGGCGGCGUUGCUCUCUCAGCCUUGCAGUUUGGCGUGGCUAUGGGUGCCAAUGUCUUCGUUACAUCUGGGAGCCAAGAAAAGCUCGAGAGAGCUAGAGACUUGGGUGCGCAAGGCGGCGCGAUCUACAAGAUGGAGAAGUGGGAUGCAGAUAUUCGCCGUCAGCUUCCGUCAUCGAGGCCUUUCAUCGAUGCUGUCAUUGACGGCGCUGGCGGUGAUAUCGUUACCAAAGCUGUGAAGCUUCUCAAACCUGGUGGCGUCAUUGUUCAAUAUGGUAUGACCGUCUCGCCGAAGAUGAAUUGGACUAUGCCAGCGGUUCUUCUGAAUGCGGAAUUGAAGGGAACUACGAUGGGCUCUAGGCAAGAGUUUCAAGACAUGGUCGCCUUCGUCGACAGCAAAGAAAUCCGACCAGUGAUCAGUAGAGUAGUGCAAGGUCUGAGCAGCCUUGCAGAUAUUGAUGGGAUGUUUGAUGAUAUGAAAGCUGGACGACAGAUGGGCAAGCUUGUUAUUACAAUAGACGAUCCAAGUAGCCCUCAGAUGUAG